AGCUUUUCCAAAUUAUUUCGCCCAAAAUGCAGUGCAGUGAUAACGACGGUCCCCUCGUUUUACCAAGUGACCCCAGUCAUGGGUGCGCCGGAGGCAGUGAGAGCGACUGCUCUUUUGAGUUAGAAGGGGAAGACAAAUACUCGGAGACAUGUGACAAAUGCGACGAGUGGUGCGUUGACGCGGACGUGCUUUCGUUUAGCUUCGAUGACGAUUACGACGAGUCUCUAGAGGCCGACGACCAUCAACCGUGGAUGAAUGACGUGUGGUUUGGAAACUCCCACAGCACUCUGAAACAAUCAAACCUCAAUUGGUCGUUCGACACCAAGACCAGGGACGGUCAACGUAUGUAUGAUCAAGAAAGUCCGCGGAGUCCCUGGGAGGUAAAAAGUGAGCCGAACAUUUACUACCUUGCAAACCGAAAUCAUCUUCCGCCCAGCACGUCCGCGCACGACAGCUUCCCUUACGAGCCGAGGGCCCAUUCGCUUCCAGGCGAACAGUCGGACAAUGACAACGAGCUGCCGUGUUUAAACCACAACACCAGCGUGGCCAGUUUGUGUGACGCCGUCAACGAUAUGUUCGCGAGUGAUCAGUUCCCUCUGGAUGAGAUGAUGCCUUUGUGUACCGCUAGGAACAUCCCAUGUUUUGAAACUCAGUUACAUACAGAUCUACUCGGGGAUAAUUCCCUUUGUGAGAACAAUGAUUUGCUCGACGCCGAUAAUUUCAUGCGCUGCAGACAAAAUUGUAUCGACAACAUGAAAGACACCUACACACUGUCUGGAUUCCCGGCGCCCGAGGACAAGAAACGUUACCCCAACGCAGACGACGGUGCGCGCGGUGAUGGGAUCCAUUUCAAUCUGGGAAUUCCCGCUACCUGGUGGUGCCAAGGGGACGGCACCGCUCUCAGCAGCAAGGGUGGCUUUGCCAUGUUUCCCGACCCAUCUCCACAAGAUCGUCUUGCGAGGAUCACGUAUAAAACCCAACCUUCCGACGCGUCAUCUGCAGAUGCGCCCAUGUUUGUGUUCUCCUCUGCCGUCGGUACGGUAAACAAGAACACAUCUUCCGCCAGGGUGAGUAACUUACAGAAUAUCCGCGUGUUCAAAAAUCAAUUGUCUAUCAUAAUAUUAAUACAGGUACACACGUUGAUAUAUAUGCCGGUAUUAUAAACAAGUCCUAAAUGGUCUUCAGGUAAGUGACAUCUGCUUUAGUGCUACAUAAGUGGGGGAAAGAGGGUCAUAUUCUAUAAUAUUACAGACCUAAGAAAACAAGAUAUUAAAAAAAAAAAAAACAUCAUUAAAAUCUAUAGUUUACGUUAGAGAGUGAGGUAAAAAAAAUCUUUCGAGGAUUAUGACUGAGACUGCAACAAGGCGAAUUUAAAUGACGAGACUGACGUCAGAAUAAUUCGGAUAUACGCUCAUUGCCAAAUGAAAAGCACGUUUCAAUGUUUAUGGAGACUUUGAGGCGGACUAAGCUUAACCUUGGCCGUUGCGUGCACCCUGCUACUCCUUCGGCUGCAGGGGGCCUCUGAUAGGCACCUCAACGUUUUAUCAUGUAACCGCCACUUUGAAUGCAGAUGGGCAGAGACCCAAAAAGGGCCAGGGCGCCUCCUAAAGUCACGUGACGUUCAUGAGCUUCAUCAACCAUAUCUUGUCAUUUCUUGGGGCAUAAAUAUUUAGAAUCUCGUUUAAAAAUUGACAGCAACAAAGUUUGUUUCAUUGCAAAAAUAAAAUACACAACUUCUUAAAUCCGUGUCUGUAUUUUUUUAGUAAACGAACUUGCAGUUAAGAUAUUGUGGGAAGUCAUGACUACAAAAAUCCAUAACACACUAUUUUACGGAUCAUUACAUAGAUUGUUUCAUUAUAAUUUUAAUACAAUUUUGGGAAGUUUACCAAUAAAAUAAUGUAUAUUUUAGCUAAGCGCAUAAAUGUCUUCACCAUGGCAGGUCAUCCCGCUAGAUUUCAAUUUGAACGCUGUCUACAAAACCGCUCCCCACGACGAGAGGGGCGCCGGGGACACAAAAGUCGCACCGGAGGAAGACACGAAUUUUUCCACCGUAAAGCGCAGUCCGCCAGAGGGCAGCACUGACACGAAUGACUUGCCGCGCUGUAGGCUGGAUGAACCACGUGACAGUGAAACCUUUCCCGACCCACCAGAAACUGAUUGCAGUACAGCCAAAAAUUGGUUCAACGAUCAAAGUCACGAUGACAGUCAGGUGGAUGCUCUGCCACAAAAGUAAGUCAAUACAGCUUUAGGGACAGUUGGGCGGACUUGGGUCAAACUCACUAGGACUUGACGAUGAUGGUGUUCGUCCUUCGAAUGCGAAGAUGACCACAAGGCUAUAUUACACGGUCAGUAUGCAGGUGGCCGGUCAGUACGCAGGUGGCCGGUCAGUACGCAGGUGGCCGGUCAGUCCUUUAAGGGCCUGGAAAGUUUUUCCACACGUGGGACAAACAUUGUUUUUUGGGUCCUCGCAAGAUUUGAGUCUGCUUUCCUUGCAGUGGAUGUUCUUUUGGCGUGAGUGGUGUGCAUAUUCUCUGUGGAUUUUCGCACCGACAGUGAGUCGACCACACCAGCUUGCACGGUCCGUGGCAAAUGUCUCCGACGAAUUAAAGUCAGUGUCAAUGGAUUUAAGUGAAUAUUUUAGAAGUGUUUUUUUUUUCUUUUCUGUCCACCAACUGAAUGUUUCCCACCGGAGAGUUCACCGAACAUUCGCCAUUUGGGAAGUCUGCUGUCUGGCAUUCUUGUGACAUGCCCUUCCCAUCUACCUUGUCCUCUUUUGCAAGAGCGAGUUCCAUUCUUCAGUUGUAAACACCAGCAAUGGAAUUACUAUAUAAUACUAAUAAUACAUUUUUUUAAGGUACGAGUUCCAUUUUUAUAAAAUAUGAGGCACGCCUUUUUACGCCCCCCCCCCCCCCACUUUCUGAGUAAAUAUAAAUUUCUUGACCAUGUUUGAAUGUCAGUUGUCUUGUCUGCUUCGACAGCCGAGGUGUGCAAGCGCCAGGCCAGACGUUGAAGUGGAGCAUCAUGCUCGCCUUGUGUGUUGUUGUGUUGAGUGCUCUCAUACCACAUUACUGGACCCGUGAGUCUUUUCUUCGUCUGCUGUGGGCAAGUAAUUCACCACUCAACCUUUUAUCACCCGUUAAAUUAGUUUGUACACGUUACAUAAGAAGAUUUCAAUCAAUAAAUAUAAACCGCGAAUCAGUCGAAGGUAUCUAAAGCUAUCAAUAACAUGAUGAUUGCAACUUUGACACGUUUGCCAAUAAGUUUUGUGUUUUAACAGGAUCUGUUCAUGCAUGCAUGUCUAGUUGGCCUACUGCUUGUGUUAAUUCUCUUCUGCUUAGAAGGUAAU